AUGCGGCUUCGCCGCCUUGUGGAAGUCAAGCCGUCAGGAAAAUGUCAUGUAGAUGACACUGUCAGGGCUGACUACAACAACCCUGAAAGGAGGGAGUGGUUGGAGUUGGCUUUGGUUGAUGCCAUUCGCAAAUAUGGCCCAGACAGGGUUCAUUUCAAGAAGAUCAGGGCUGAGUUUCUGACACGCAUUGUCGUCGUCAGAGAAAAAAUGCAGCUGCGUGAGCAGGAGGUCCACGGAACCUGGUGCACGGAGGCGAAGCUCGAGCAGAAGGGCUACAGCGCGUUCUUUGUCCGCAAAGCCUUCCACCCGCAUGGCUUGAGAGAGGGGAGAAUUGCGUAA